GUGCUGUGUCCGCGUCAUACACUAUGCUCUCUCUCCGUACCACCAUCAAUGAGCUGGAGGAAUACAGGUGCUUCUACAAGGGCGACAAAGUGGCCUACAGGGCACCCGACAGCAGCCACCUCACAGACCCCUCCACUGCGAGGGGGGCGGCAUGUGGGUUUGUCAGACCUAAAUGCAUUGCGACCCUCCAGGCCGGGUAUGUGACUUGCGAUGUACAUUUUCAUUUAUAA